AUGUCAGAUGACGGGGUCGAACAAGAGGGAUUCUUGAUUCAAGUGAACGGACCGAAGCCCUACAGAGAUGCCAUUUUCGCGUAUUUGGUCGGUUUCUUCAACUCAAAUUCUGAGGAAUUCAACAAAUCAUUACAGACGGGACAGUCGCUUGAUCACAAUCUCUUCAUGGAAUUACUGAAAGAAGCGACUGUUCAACGACUCGAUUCUGAGAUCCUUCAAAGUAUUCAAAACGAGAAUGUUGAAGGCGGAAGCGUUGGAAGCACGGACACUGCGGUCUGUUCCGAACACUUCGAAGAAGAGACUGUCGAACAGCCUUCGAUGAAUCUUCAGUCGAUCCUCUCGAGAAUUGCCAUGGCAACUGCACGUCCGCCAAUUCCGAUUAAUGAGAAUGUCUUGAAUGAGCUUGCCGAAUACGAAUUGAAUCCGUCUACGAUUCAGCCGGCGACGUCUUCUGAAACUCCCGAUACUUUUAUGGGUCUCAUAGCCGCACUGGAAAACGUUCCUCUUCCGGCGAAACCGAAAACAACGCGGAAAACGCUUCCGCUCUACUCGCACGACGGAUUCCUUUUCCGAUUUGUGAAACAACUUUCGGACGGAUCAGAACUUCUUUAUUGUGAUAAAAGGUAAAAAAAAACGGGAAAACACAUUUUACAAACUUGUUCUCAUCUCAAAUAACUCAUUUCCCUGAUUUCAGAAAGACUUCGGUCAAAUGCACGGCGAUCGCAAAUCGGAAAAACGGAAUAAUCGAAAUCAGAAAACAGCAUCACGGACACGAUCGUCAGGAUGAACACGUGAAUGUGAGCUACAGUCAUGUAGUUGUAAAAAUACAAUCACAUUCAGGCUAAAUUAGCGAGGUAUCGGAUCCGGGAGAGAGCGGCGAUGAACAGGAGGAUUCCGUCGAAAGAACUGCUCCAGGAAGCCGAAAUGACGUUCGGACCGAUCUCUGGAUCGCCCGCAGCUCUCUCGAAAAUGAUCAGCCGCGCGAGGAAUCGGAAUCAGGAGGAGGUGGAGAGCGCUGAGGUGUUCGACGGUCAGACAGAACAGGGUGAACAAGAAUACGGUGCGAAUUCGUUGUAA